CUUUCCCCGCAUAAAAUACUUUAGUUUUAUUUGUUUUCAAUAAUAUAACAUUGAUGUACUAUGUUUCAUUUUACCGAUAAUGCAAUGAAACGAGUAAGGUUUAAUAAUAAAAGCUUCUGAAGGGAACCGCUAUACAGUUUCCCAUCUUUGUUGUGUUUCCUUGCUCUUUGUGUCAGUUAGCAUUUUGAAAAUAAUUUUAGUAAUGUGCUGUUUGUUAGAUAUUUAAUUAUUUUCCUUUGCCAAAAAUUUAGAUUUAGAUUCAAUUUUAUAUCAACAGUAAGAAUCGUAGAUACAUACAGCUAAUAACAUUAAAACGUUUCUCAAAUUAUAAUCAUUUCCCUUACCAUUUUUAUUACAGAUCUUUAGCAUUUAAAAAAUGACACAAGAUUCAGAGAAGGGAAGUACAGUUUGUCUGGUUUGUAAUGCCAGUAUUGGAGUAUCAACAAGAAAUUGUUGUCCAAUAUUUAAGUUUAAUGUCACCUCUUCUGAACAGCCUGUUGCAAAUAUCCUUAGUGUUAUACUUGGACAAGAAGUGAGAAAAGAGAUUGUGCAUAGUGAUAUUAUAUGUAAAAAGUGCUAUAAACUGUGUAAUGAAGUUGAUGAAUUGCAAGAGCGAUUGACUGAAAUCAAAAUGGAGCUAAAUAACUAUUACCAAAGAACACUAAGGAAAUUGGAAGGAGGAGAAGAUGAAGAAGACCCAAACACUGGUCAAAUAAUAUAUAUACCGAAAACUAAACCACCAGGACCAUCAGGAAGGAGACCAGGUCGACCAAGGAAAAACCCUCCUCCAGUUAAAGUGGUAGUUGAAAAUGGAGAAGAGGAUGUUGAAAUGGUCGAGGAAGCUUUAAGUGAAGAAGAGGAUGUGAGAGGAAUAGGCAUGGAUGAUGUAACCGAUGCAGAUUAUAUUCCUACAAACAGGCCACGUCCCUCUGAUGGUUUGAGGAGGGUGCAAGAAGUUCUUAUGUCAGGCAAUAAUGAAGUUCAGAUAAAAUUAGAAGCAAUCGAAGAAGAGAGUCAAUCAUCACCUGAUCAAAAAAACAUGUUAAAUAAAAAGAAAUUGAUUAAUAAAAAAAAGGAUUCGGAUGUACCAGCUGUAAUUCCGCAAAUGAUCGUGAGUAGAGAUAACAAAGUUUAUACUUGUUUGAUUUGUUCAGCAGAUGAGAAAGUACAGGGUGAUGCAAAGACAAUAAUAUCACAUAUGAAAAGUGCUCAUGAAAUCCGACUUUAUAUUUGUGAUAUAUGUGGUGUAGAAUUUUUAAAGAGGGCCGAAAUGUCGGCUCAUUUUGACGAACACGUAGCCACUGAAGAAGGAGAUUUUCAGUGUGAUGUUUGCAAUAGGAUAUUCACCAACCUUAGGCUCUUUAGGGUGCACAAGCGGAUGCAUAUGCCUCAACCCAAGAAUCAUGUUUGUGAAACAUGUGGAAAGGGUUUUUUGUCUCGUAAUAUGUUGGAUGAACAUAUGAAUAUGCACACUGGACUUAGGCCUUAUAAAUGUGGUGAAUGUGGCAAGGAAUUUGCUUCGAAGUAUUCAUCUAAAGCGCAUGAAAAAAUCCAUUUGGAUAGGCCUAGACCAUUUAAAUGUCCGACUUGUGGUAAAGCUUUUAUAACUGAACAGAACUUGCAUCAGCAUGAAAAGAUACACACUGCUAUUCGCUCUCAUACUUGUCAGAUAUGUGGUAAAUCAUUCAGCUCCUCAAGAAAUUUGGAAGUGCAUUGUGUUAUACAUACUGGAUAUAAACCGUUUAUCUGUAGAGUGUGCGGUAAAGCAUUUGCUCGUAAAGCUGAAAUACGAGACCAUGAACGUACCCACACUGGGGAAAAGCCGUACCAGUGUGAAUUUUGUGGAGCCACAUUUGGGCAAAGAAGUAAUCUUCAAUCUCACAAGAGGGCAACUCACUACGAUGAUAAAAGGUAUCAAUGUAUUGAAUGUGGCAAAGCGUUCAAACGUCGUAGGCUACUUGAUUAUCACAUCAAGGCGGCACAUACCGGCGAGCGUCCCUAUAAAUGUCAAAUCUGUAAUGCUACAUUUAUUUAUCCUGAACAUUUUAAAAAACACCGAAGGAUUCAUACUGGGGAGAAGCCAUAUCAGUGUGAAGUUUGUGGAAAAGCUUUUAAUAGCCGUGACAAUAGAAAUGCACACAGAUUUGUGCAUAGUGAUAAGAAACCUUACGAAUGUUUGGUUUGUGGAAUGGGCUUUAUGAGAAAGCCCCAGCUUUACAAUCACAUGCAAACUCAGGGCCACGUGAAUGAUACAAUAGUUGUGAACCAACCUCGACUCACAACAGAUGAAGAUUUUAUUCAGCAAGCAACUGAAGACGUUCAAGUAGAAAUGUCCAUGCUUGAAGGAAACCAUCCCAAAUGGCAUAAUGACCCGGUCCUUGAUGAAAAUGAUGGUGAUGGUGGCCAGGACACUAAAAUGUAUAUCAGUGAGCUCAAGGAGCACGUGAUAAUCCAGGGUAAAGCUCAGGGUGUGACAGAAAAUGGUCAAUACCAGGAGCAAGUGGGUCAUUUGAUCAUUGAUGGGCAGCAGGUGCACUUUGCCGACGGUGAGUCUCUGGAACUUGAAGGAGGCUCUUCACUGGCAGAAACUUUGGAACAGCACUCACUAGUAGGGAAUGGAGAUUACACGGUGGAAGCAGGGAGUGGUACAACAACAGUACAAACCCCGAACGGACCCGUACAUCUCGUCCAGAUCAGCCUAUCAGACACUCAGGACCAUCAGGCCACUACAUGGUUCAACCUGGUCCAGCAGUAGUUCUCUAACCCUUGUAUUCUAUUGUAUAUAGUUUUUAGAUGUUUUACUUGUAAAUAGGUGUUUAUUUUUUACUGUGUCAUAAUUUGUUAAUAAUGCAUUAUGUUGAGUGAUAAAAGUUAAUAUUGUCAUUGAUCUCAUAUAUCAUGCUACUAAUAACUAUAGUUAGUCAAAGCCACUUUAUAAGGUGUUGCCUAUAUUGUUAAAUAAAGGAAUGGGAAACAUGUUAUUUGCACACAUCUUCAAAAAGUAACUUCUUUAGAAGUUGUAAUUCUACUGUGUGGAGCAAUUAUUUUUUACAUGUAAGACAUAAACCUGAUCGCUUGUAGAAUAUAAUUUAAUUGCGGUUUUAGAUAAAAUGCAUUUCUGUUUUCUGUAAUUUUUUACAAAGUUUUGAAUCUUAAUUAGAGUAUAACAUUUUAUUUUUUUGUAUGCAUGUUUAAUGUAUUUAAAAAAUUUUUUAUCAUUCAUUUUCUAUUUUUCUCAUAAUCAUUGAAGUAUAAGAUAGCCUUUGUUAAAAGAAGCUGUAAACUCAUAAUAUAAACUGCGUGCAGUUGAAAAGAAUCAGGAAAUAUGUUUUAGAAACCACAAUUUGAUAUAUUUCUUAUUAAACCAUUACUUUCUUAUUAAUGAAAUUUACUUUUAAAAUUUCAAUUUCAUCGUGUACAUAAUUAAUUUUAUUUUAUUUUUUCUUCCCUCUGAAACAAAUCUUUUUAUCAUUCAAAGUGAUUAUUUCAAACACGUGCUUACAAAAAUAUUUUGUAAUUAAAGAUAAUUUAUCUCACUAGUUUGAAAACUCCUUAAAUUUUUCACAUUCAAUUAAAAUUUGUUAACAUAUACUUUGAAAUUACUUAUAUAGGAGGUGUUGCAUUUUCAAAGUUAGGAUAUUCGAUUAUUCUUUCUUUCAUUUAUAUAUAUUUAUUUAUUUUUUUUAAUUUGAAUAUAUUACUUAUGUAUAUUUCUGUACAGAUAAUCUGUAAAUUUUUAGGAAACAAUGUAUCUAUUUCAUGUCUAAUAUUCCAAUUAUUCGUGUCAACUGUAUAUAAAUGUAUAUGUAUAUGAAGUACAUACAUGUGAAUUAUGUUAAUAUUACUUAUUUUAGGAUAUAUUUACAAUGUGAUAAAAACAGUAAUAUUUGUAUUCAUGAAUUGCUUGUGAUUUUAUCAUGUAAAUUAUUUAUGUUUUUCUAGAUGUACAGAAUGUUCCGCAAAAUUUUAUUUUUAAUAUUUUUAUUGAUAUAAAAACUCUGUUUAGAUGUUCUGCAAAGAACAAUGUCAAAUUAUGAAAACAAAAAAAAAAAUGAAAAUAUUUAUUUUGAUUAUAUUCCAUUUUUCAUUCACAUUUGAAAUACAUCUUUCACUUACUGAA